AGAGAGAGAAAGCCACGCAAACUCUAUCCUAGCAAUCAAUAGCUUCUCCCUCCCUCCUUCUCUCCCUCCCUCCCCUUUUCCUUCACUCCACCACCACCACCACUUGGGCCACGCCACACACACACACCGUGAGACAAUAACACCACCACCACCACACCACCACACACCACUGUCACACACACCACCACGCCCCAGCACCCUGCAGCACACACCAACGGGAGAAGAAGAGGAAGAGGUGGAGAAGGAGGAGGAGGAGGAGAAGGAGGAGGGAAAAGGCACCCUUUCUCUCCUUCUCUCCCGGUUCCACCUUCCGCCAUGGUUUACUACACGGUCACCUGUCCACCUUGAGCACUAUGAAGCAGACGUGGACAUGGGCGUGGACAUGGGUGUGGGUGGUGGCGGGCGUGGCGGCGGCGAAGGACCGUCUGCUAAACAUCGGGGGCAUCUUUCCUAUAGGAGGCUCCGACGGGUGGCAGGGCGGCAGGGCCUGCCAGCCCUCCGCCAUGCUCGCUAUGGAAGACGUCAACUCCAGGCCAGAUCUCCUGCCGGGGUACAAACUCAACCUGGCUUGGAACGACUCAUUGUGCGAGCCGGGCCUGGGAGCAGCUGUGAUGUACGACUUGCUCUACAACCAGCCCACCAAACUGAUGCUGCUCGGGGGCUGCUCUACUGUGUGCACCACCAUCGGCGAGGCGGCUAAGAUGUGGAACCUGGUGGUGCUGUCAUACGGAUCGAGCUCCCCGGCACUCUCAGACAGACAGCGCUUCCCCACCUUCUUCAGGACCCACCCUUCGGCCACAGUGCAUAACCCAACACGCAUUAAGAUCAUGCAGAAGUACAACUGGUCCCGGGUCGCCAUCCUCCAGCAGGCCGAAGAGGUGUUCAUAUCGACGGUGGAGGACCUCGAACUUCGCUGCAAGGAAGCCAAUAUUGAGAUCGUGACGCGCCAGAGCUUCCUGACGGACCCGACGGACGCGGUGAGGAACCUGAAGAGACAGGAUGCGAGGAUCAUUGUGGGGCUCUUCUACGUGAACGCCGCCAGGAGGGUGUUGUGCGAGAUUUUCAAGAAUAAGCUGUUUGGGAAGAGCUACGUCUGGUUCUUUAUUGGAUGGUACGAGGAUAACUGGUUUGAGAGUCACCUGCAGGAAGAGAACCUGAACUGCACGAAGGAAGAGAUGCGGGCGGCGGCGCAAUACCACCUCACCACGGAGGCGCUGAUGUGGAACAAAGACAACGAGAAGACCAUAUCAGGCAUGACUGCAGGGGAUUUUCGGCGCAGACUCAACCAGGCGCUGAUUGACCUAGGCUACGAGAACCAGAGCACUCCUGUGGGAUACCAGGAAGCACCUCUUGCUUACGAUGCUGUGUGGAGUGUGGCGCUGGCCCUCAACAAGACUAUGGAGACCCUGGCAGCAGUGAACAGGUCCAUUGAGGAGUUCACCUACACCAACAAGGAGAUUGCAGAUGAGCUCUACAAGGCCAUGAAUGCCACGCAGUUCCUUGGAGUUUCGGGUCGUGUGGCAUUCAGCAAUGAUGGUGACCGUAUUGCAUGGACUCAGGUGGAGCAGAUGAUUGAAGGACGUUACCACAAGCUGGGCUACUUUGAUGUGCAGACUGACAACCUCACCUGGUUCAAUAGAGAGAAGUGGAUAGGGGACAAGGUACCUCAGGACCGCACCAUAGUGAGGCGUCAGCUGCGUACUGUGUCCCUGGGUCUCUUCAUCAGCAUGUGCACCAUCAGCGGUGUGGGGGCCAUGUGGGCACUGCUGCUCCUCAUCUUCACCUUCAUCCACCGACACAGGAGGCUCAUCCAGCUCUCCCACCCGGCCUGCAACAACAUCACGCUGGUGGGCAUCAUGCUGUGUUUGGGCUCCAUCUUCCUGCUGGGGCUGGAUGGCCAGUUUGUGGGCAAGCAGCAGUUCCCCAUGGUGUGCGGGCUGCGGGCGUGGUGCCUCUCCCUGGGCUUCACCCUCGCCUACGGGGCAAUGUUCUCCAAGAUCUGGCGGGUCCACAGACUCACCACCAAGACCAAGAUUGACAGCAAAGUGCGUGUGGAGCCGUGGAAGCUGUAUGUGAUGGUGGGGGUGAUGGUGGUGGUGGACGUGGUGGUGCUGGGCGUGUGGCAGGGCGUGGACCCCCUGCAGCGCACCCUGGAGGUGUUCCCGCUGGAGGUGCCCAAGAACACCAAGGAAGACAUCAAGAUCAUGCCAGAGCUGGAGCACUGUGAGAGCCGCCACAACACCAUCUGGCUGGGUCUGCUCUAUGGCUACAAGGGACUGCUGCUCAUCUUCGGUCUCUUUCUGGCCUAUGAGACAAGGAGCAUUAAGCUGAAGCAGAUCAAUGACUCCAGGCUGGUUGGGAUGAGCAUCUACAACGUGGUGGUGCUCUGCCUCAUCACUGCACCUGUCACCCUCGUCAUCUCAGCACAGCAGGAUGCCUCUUUUGCCUUCGUCUCCUUUGCCAUCAUCUUCUGCUGCUUCCUUUCCAUGGCCCUUGUCUUCAUUCCAAAGAUCAUUGAGGUUCUCCAGCACCCCGGGGAGCGUGUGGAGUACCAGGGGGACGGGGCACCAAGUAAAGAGGAGGAGGAACGCUACCAGAAACUACUAAGGGAGAAUGAGGAUAUGCAGAGACUAAUUGCUGAGAAAGAAGAGAAAAUCCGUCUUCUUAAACUAAAACUGCAGGAGCGAGCAGCCAUAAGAAGCAAGGAGAAACAGCAGCAGCAGCAACAACAGCAACAACAACAGCAGCAGCUCCAGCAACAGCAACAGCAGCAGGCACAGCAGCAGCAGCAGCAGCAGCAGCAGCAGCAGGCGGAGAACCACAUUAGCAUGCCCUGCCAAAAUGAAGCAAUGUCACAGCCGCCACGUUUACGACAAGGCUCGACUGACAACCACUCGGAGACAUCGCCACUGCUCAAAGCCAAUGUGGAGCUGUACUAUGGGAGCGGGCAGCCAGCCGUGAGGAUCGUGACCCCAGACGCAGCCUCUGCCCCUGAGGACGCCAUGGUGCCUCGACUCAGCUACGACAUCUCCGAAUCUUACCUGUGAGACAACCUGACUCCCCCUUGCCCCACCACCACCACCACCACCACCACCAGUACUCACACCAGUGCCACUAAUACCCACGCCACUGACCGCAACACCUCCAGGCGAGUCUCUGAUGCCAUGUCGGACACUUGUCACUCCUACAAACCCUACACCACCACCACUCACACCAUCACCACCUCUUCUCACAAUGACCGUAAAUCCAACAGGCGAGUUUCUGACGUUUCUGACGCCAUUCGCUCCCACAUGACCUACUCCAAAUCCUCAUACUCCCCUGUCACCGAUCACACACAGCCUCCUGCCAUCCCUCCUCGCUCCAUCGACCGCACUGCCACCAGGCAGAUCAUCAGCACCACCCACAAGCCCAUUGCUACCACCACGAGAACCUUCCGCAGAACCAACACUAUCAGUACACCUUACCGUGCCGUCAUCACCUACCCUACUAGCACUCCUCUCACCACCUACCACAACCUAACUGCCUCCUCCACCCAGACCUAUGCCACUGCAGCCUCCACUCCUUACUCUGUGUCCACCAUCCCAGCCAACUCCACUCCACCCACCUCCUUUUCCACUGCCACCUCUGCACACCAUCCACCUGUCACCUCCACUUUCUCCAAUCCUAGCUAUUUCUCCUACAGCACCAUGAAUGUUGACUCUUCACCCGAUGACAGGAACCCACCUUACAACACUUCCAGGAACUCCUCUAGGAUAUCUGCGUCCCUCACUUCCCUCACCACUUACUCACGCAGACCUCACUACCACCACAAUCAGUAUUUCUGGUGAGCAAUAAAGCACUUGGUUAAUUUACACCACCAGUGCUCUGCAUCACCAGAACUGUAACAUAGCUCUCAUCACUCGUUCAUACACACACACACACACACACACACACACACACACACAGAAAACUUGAUAAUAUUUACUUUCUGUACAGCAAUACCAACUGUAUAAACAUAUCAGAAUAAGGUAUAUACAGCACACACACCUACACUCUGUAUGCAUUAAAAUAUCAGUGUAUUUGUUGUGUUGUACCAACCUUCAUCCUCCUACACACACACACACCACUAUAUAGAGACUUGGACCAUCUAUCUACACAACAUGUGCAUCAGAGUGGGUGUGUGCUGCCCUGCAUACCCUGCUGUGGUGUGGGUGAUGCUGGGGCAUUGCCGGGGGUCAGGAACAACGGCUUCUCAACAAGAUUCAACACGAGAAAAUUAACUCGAUACAAAAAAGAAAAAAAUAUAUAUACUAUAUAUAUAUAUAUAUAUAUAUAUAUAUAUAUAUAUAUAUAUAUAUAUAUAUAUAUAUAUAUAUAUAUAUAUAUAUAUAAAGUUCCCUAUAACAGAUACCAAAAAAAACUACAAAAAAAAAAAUAAAAAGUAAAUAAAGAGAGACUAGAAUGUAGUGUUUUCAGUGUGUACUGUGAGAUAAUGUUAGCUUCCCAGAUUACUGUUCUAUCCUGUUACAUACUUUAAAUAAUUUACCUUUGCAUGGUUCAGAAUUUAAAGAGUUAGAAUAAAUAUGAAAGUAACAGAGUAUAGUUAUGUAAAAGAUUCACAUGUAUUUAUAUUUGUUCUUGGAUGGAAUAUUUAAAUAAUUAUGUUUCCCUUCAGAUAUAUCAAUAUAUAUUUGUCUUUCCUUGUUGCAAAACUGUAAACAUAAAGAUGAAUUACAUGAACAUAAUUGUUGAUAAAAGUAUGAUUUCUUGCACCAAGUUAAAAAUGUGAACAUGUAGAUGUAGCAAGGAGUCUGGCUAGCUGUGCGUCUGUCACUGUCUUUCUUGAGGCGGGUCACUUGUGUUAGUGUAACAAAGAGGGAAAGCAAGGGUUGUCUGGAGGCCUUGUCUUUGUCAGGUCCUUAGUACAACCUGAUCCACUUCCUGGCUAUAGACAUGAACCAGACAGACAGAUGUUGCAUGAAUGCCAAAUGGAAGACUAUGUGGAAACGACUAUUUUUCUUCAGCCACUUGUGUGGUUUACUCAGAAGUCACAGAGCCUUGAAACUGGACCUUGUGCCUGCCCAGGGUCCAGUCAACGUAGACAGGCGUGUGUGGACGUGAGGAGUGAAUGUUGGACUGCCGUGUGCGUGGCAAUGCAGUGUGUCUCUGUGGGUGACCACUUUGCUGUGAACUGUACCUUCAGUUUUCCAGGAUCUGGAUUGUCCCCUUGUUUGGUGGAGAGGGGAACAGAUGGUGUCAUUUGCUCCAUGUUAUCAUGAGUUACAGCUAGUCUUUGAAUUACAGAAUAUGGUUACGUAAAAAGUGUAUUUUUUGUCUGCUGCAAGAACAUACUUUGGAAAGACAGAAUAAUUCUUAUUUUUCCACUGUUAGGUUAUGUAUGUAUCCCAAUACUGUUUUUAUCUCUCCUGUGUCAGUGUAUUCAAUGUUGCCUUCACCUUACUGUUGAGCCACCAUCUCAUUGUUGAUCAAUACUCAGUGCCCUGACGCAGCUCUCCGAGGCUGCUCCUCAAAACCAGGCUUUUUAUUCACCAAAACAAUAACAGUUCUAGAUGAAUUAUGCAAAUUUUUGAGAUGAUACAAAGUGUUCAUAUAGUUUGUAGAACACAGCUUGGGUUGUAUAUCUGGAGAGGGUAAUCUUGUAGUGAAUAUACCUGUACCUUGAUUUUGUAAAGGUGUAAAUGAGUCACACGUAGAUGUACCUGUUCUCUCUCGUAGCAAUGUAUGCCAGGUGAACAUAAAAAUUAUAUUUUCCUCAAAAAAUACACUAAAAUAAAAAUUAAUCUUUUGAAUGUUAUAUGCAGGGAACGUGAAAUGGAGAAUCCUGCUGUGUUACAUAGGAAAGAUAAUCAGAUCAACCUCUAUGUGGAGCAGAGAGUGGUGUUCUGGAGGACACAACCUUCCCCUUGAGUGACCCACCUGUGUCUGUACAGUACCUGUGUGUGUGGGUGAGGGGGUGGCCAGGUGCCCCUCCCUCCCCCCAUCCUUGCCUGGGGGCUUGUGCUGCAUGCCUCACACCUCACAGGUACUCACCACACACAGGCUGGCAUCUGGAAAGGCAUCACUCCACACAUUAAAAUAUUUAUACCCUGUUUUUCUGUCUAUUGAAACUUUUCUAAAUAAAAAAAAGCAGCACAAUCUGGAUCUCCAUCACUACUAAAUUUUGUGUCGAUGAUAUCUGACCUGACGCAAUAUGAGCAGUGUUAGCAGGGACAAUCAUGGAACACUUCACAGGAUGGCUGAGGGGGGCUGGAUCCUUGCUCUACCUGGCAAUUGUGACACUGUGAGGUGACCUUCAAACAUGCAUCAUUCAUGACAAAUCAAUAAAAGUGUUUUUACUACA